AUGGGGCAGCCCAUCAAAGGCCAGAGGGCAACCGUGGUGGAAGUGCGCCUAAGAGUCACCUGGUCAGAGGACAACCCGCGGGCAGGGGGCACCCGGCUGCAGGAGGCUUUGAGACUCUGGGUCCCCGCGGUGGCUCUUUGCUGGGGCAUCAUCUCCGCGGGCUGCAUCUCCAGCGACUUCGCGACCGUGCUGCUGAUGCUGCCUCGCCCCGAGCACCAGGUGGUGGCGGUGGCGGCGCGCGACCUGAGCCGGGCGAAGGAGUUCGCGCGCAAACACGACAUCCCCAAGGCUUAUGGCUCCUACCAGGAGCUGGUCAACGACCCCGACUUGGACCUCCUUCCUCCUGCCCUAGAGGUGACCUACGUUGGCACCCAGCAUCCCCAGCACAAGGCCGCAGUGCUGCUAUCCCUGAAGGCGGGCAAGGCCGUCCCGUGUGAGAAGCCCAUGGGUGUGAACGCUGCGGAAGUACGCGAAAUGGUUGCCAUGGCCCGAUCCCGAGGCCUCUUCCUUAUGGAGGCCAUCUGGACCCGCUUUUUCCCUGUCUCAGAGGCUCUGAGGUCCGUUCUGGCCCAGGGCACUCUGGGGGACCUUCGGGUGGCCCGGGCAGAAUUUGGGAAGGACCUCACCUCCAUACCCUGAGCCUUGGACAGGGACCAGGCUGGUGGCGGCCUAUUGGACCUUGGCAUCUACUGUGUCCAGUUCUUGUCCACGGUCUUCGGUGGGCAGAGGCCCGAGAAGAUUUUCGCCAUGGGACGGCAUCAUGAAACAGGUGUGGACGACACUGUCACUGUGCUCCUCCAGUACCCAGGGGGUGUCCACGGCAGCUUCACCUGCAGCGUCACCACCACGCUCUCCAACACAGCCUCCGUGAGCGGCACCAAGGGCACAGCCGAGAUCCUCAACCCAUCCUGGUGCCCAACAGAGCUGGUGGUGAACGGGCAGCAUAAGGAGUUCCCGCUGCCUCCAGGCUUGAACAAGGAGUUCAGUUUUACAAAUGCAACUGGCAUGAGUUAUGAGGCCAAGCAUGUCCGAGAAUGCCUGCGCAAGGGCCUGAAGGAAAGUCCUGUGAUUCCUCUGGCGGAAAGUGAGCUCAUGGCUGACAUCCUUGAGGAGGUGAGGAAAAUCAUUGGACUCACUUCCCCACAAGACAAACACUGAUGCAGGCUCUGAAUCAAUAAAGACGUG